AUGCCACCCGCCAAAUCUGCACGCAAAGACGCCGACGACGGCAAGGCCGAUACUCCAACAGGGAAUGGAAAGAAUGGAAAUGCUACGUCGGCUAAGAUGCGUCGUAUCACAAGCCAGCAAGGUGGCUCGCAGCUGCGCGAGGUCACCAACGCGUCGGCGACGAGUGCGCCCAUGGCCCAGACCACCGAGGCGACGGCACCCAGUAUCAACUGGGCCUCACUCUCUCGCGAAACGCUCCACACCUACGCUCGACAGCACGCCCUCCAAACUCCAUCGUCCUAUACGUCGUCCUUCCACCGGACGGUGCUUUCCUCGCCCAUUGGAAUCGGAAAAUACUCGCCAACAAUGCGCAAAAACCAGCGACAAACUCGGGAGAACCUGACGCGGACCGUCAGGAAGCACUUCAACGGGAUGGGCGUACAAGAGAAUGAUGUGAUUGUGGACUUUAUAUACAAGAUUCGCAGCGAAGAUGCGGCCAAGGCAAGAGGGCCUCAAAAGACGAGCAUCGUCACGGAGUGA